AUGUCAACACCAGCAGCUCCAUUCUACCAGCUUCGUUGCGGCUGUAACCAAUACCCAUGGGGCAAACAAGGCUCUGACUCUCUAUCUGCGCGACUCUGCGAAAAGACACCAGGAUGGGACGGAGACGACAAGAGGAACUUCAAGAUUGAAGAGGACAAGCCUUAUGCAGAGAUGUGGAUGGGCACUUACCCUGUCCUGCCUUCUUAUGUUGUUAGCACAGGCGAAGAUCUCCAGGAUAUCCUAGACCGAUACCCUAAAGAGCUUCUUGGAGAGAAGGUGACCACCAAGUUUGGACACAGCAAGCUUCCAUACCUACCCAAGGUUCUGUCGAUUGCCAAAGCAUUACCUUUGCAAGUCCACCCCAACAAGGAGUUCUCGAGCAAGAAGCACAAGGAGGAUCCUGGCUCAUUCACUGACGGCAACCACAAGCCUGAGAUUGCUCUUGCUUUGUCCGAGUUUGAAGCUUUCUGUGGCUUCAAGCCUGUUGAGGCCAUAGUGGAUAUACUGCGCCAGAAGCCGCUGCGACACCUCCUCGUUGCGGGAGGCUUAACCGUUACAGAUGAGAAGCUUAGUCCUGAAGGAUUGAAACAAGUCGUUCGAACGAUCUUGACCUCUUCUGACGAAGAUAUCAAGAAGACUUUUCAGGCAAUCAGGGAACUCCCCGACUCUGCCUUCACUGGCCCCAACUCUCACAUUCCCCAAGUCGCCAAGAAGCUCGAGAACCAAUUCCCCAUGAAUGAUCCUGGAAACCUGGUAGGCCUUUUGUGCAUGAACUACAUGCUGCUCCACCCAGGCGAGGUCAUCUACAUUCCCGCCGGUGGUAUUCAUGCCUACAUUCAGGGCGACAUCAUUGAAUGCAUGGCGCGCUCCGACAAUGUUCUCAACACUGGUUUUUGCCCAAAGGCGGAGCGCGACAACGUUGACGAGUUUUGUUCAGUACUGAACUGGGAGUCAACAACUAAAACACAGACCACACUGCAACCAGAGACUUAUCCGGGAAGCAAGGAGGGAAAGACCCAGCUCUUCAAGCCCCCGACCAGCGAAUUCAACGUCCUUGCGACUGAUCUGAAUUCUGGUGAGCAUGAGACCUUGAGCGAAGGUGGUCCCAAGAUUAUCCUGGCAUCUCGAGGUAGAGCUACAGUGAAGGCCAACGGACAGUCAUUCGAGUUGGGAGAAGGACAUGUUUACUUCAUCGCCCAAGGGGUGAAGCUGGAUAUUACUGCUGGCAGUGGCGGUCUGUUGCUGCAUAGUGCUGUUUCAGAAUAG